AUGGCGGAUCAACCUCUUCAGUCUCCGACCAACCCACAUUUCUUCCAGCCUCUUCUUCCCGACUUCCACACUCACCUCAACAUUCCUGUAGCGUUCUUCUCCAAUUACCUCGAAGGAAGAAACGACCACAACAAGACUGCGCAGCUGAGAUCAGAUGCGUCGGAUGAAACCUGGGCAGUGAAGAUGGACGGCUUGAAACUCACCGACGGCUGGGAAGCUUUUGCAGUCGCGCAUGAUCUCAGGAUCGGUGACAUCACCGUUUUCAGACAUGAAGGAGAUAUGGUGUUUCAUGUCACAGCUCUAGGACCAAGUUUCUGUCAGAUUCAAUAUACAUCAUCUCACAACAACAUCAAUGACACUGUAACAGGAAACAGUUCAAGAAAGAGAGUGAAGAAGAAUCCAAGAAAGAAAGAAGAUUCUUCAUCAGAUCAUUCUUGUUUUGUGGCAAAUGUCUCAGCUUCGAGCCUAACUAGUGACCGUCUGUAUUUUCCACUGGCUUUCUCUAAGUCAAACGGUCUGCACAAACUGAACGGCGAGAAGAUCGUUCUUGAAAACGAACAAGGAAGAGGAUGGACCUUAUAUUUGAAGCACAGCGAAGCAGGCAUGCAGACUUAUGCCAAACCUGGUUGGAGAAGCUUCUGCGCUGAAAAUAGGAUGAAACAAGGUCACUACACAUUCAAACUAGUCCAAAAAUCUGGACCACCCAUCAUCCGUUUGUGCCUUGGAGAAGAUAAACCAGAGCCAGUAUCAGUCUCAGAAUCAGAAUCAGAAGCAGAACCAGAAUAUAUUCAACAUAUACCAGAAUCAGAUCCAAAAUCUUCAUUACACCAUUCUUGUUAUGUGGGAGUUGUCACUCCUUCUAGCCUUGAAUAUGAUAAACUGUAUUUUCCGAGGAAGUUUGCGGCUGAAAAUGGUCUGGGCAAAGAAUGCAGUGAGAUAGUUUUAAAGAAUGAGUGGGGAAGACGAUGGACGUUAGCUUUGAGGCACUACGACUCACAAAACCAAACAUAUACCGGACCAGGCUGGAGAAAUUUCUGCCAAGUAAACAGGAUCAAAGCUGGAGAUCCCUUCAUGAUUAAACUGGUUGAAACCGGGGAAAAUCCUGUUCUUUCUUUGUGCACUUCAAACAGUGAAAAAACGCCAUUAGAGUGUCCGGAAUAA